GAUUGUGACAUCCGCGAACUUUGAAAGCAUAAACAGCGACGGAUCCCAAACAGCGAUAUUAUUGUAUAGAGAUCUACGAUUUCAUGAAAGAUGCAUAUCUGAUCAAUAGCAAUCUUCAUUUGUCACGACUUGGUGGUUAUAUCUGUUCGUUGAGCAGACGUGAAAUAGACUUCUUCAAUGGAAUUUCAAGUGUUCCACGAUGUGCUAUCGAACAAGGAAAAUGGUGUGGCAGGGACAAAGAAUAAGGUUAUUCCAAAUCAAGAAACCAACAGCUACCCAGCCCGCACUCCCCUUCAGGAUGUGAGGAACAAAAGAAUAAAGGAUGUCUUAUCUGGAACUAGUGAGGUUCAGAAGAGUGACCACAGACUGGAGGCUCUUGAUCUCCUGACACAGGAGACUCCGAAGAAACAACGAAACAAGGCAGUCAGGUCGAGAAGAUCUUGCUUUGCAUCCUUCGACACCCACCCGCCAUCUUCAGAGCUCUCCAGUGUCACUCUACCACAGCAGGUGGAGGAAGAGCCGGACUGCCCUCCUCAUGAGCCGCUCAUGUCUUUGAAAUCACUUCGCCCUGAUGAUGAUGGCGUAGUCGCCUCAACCUCAAAGUCAAACCGAGUUGUGGUACUAGACACUGUGCCGGAACUUUCCCUGGAUCAAGACUGUCUGGGUGCCUCCACUUCAAAUCCUCGCUCAGAUUGCACUGAGUUGGAGCGUGACGAGUCAAGAGAGAUCAGUGAAUCAGUAAUAGAAGUAGGUGGGGAAAUAACGCUUGGUGCUUCUCAGGAUGCAACGAAAGGUCAAGGUGAAGAAGGGCCAAACUUUGAGGACAAUCCCCAUCUGCCUGUCAUAGCCGUGGUUGAAAGGGAAACAGAUGAGCUGGUUGAGAUGAUUGUGAAUGAAUGUGCUUCUGAACUGCAACAGCUGUCCAAGUCCCUUGCAGAGUGCUCUGUAGGGUCAUUAACUACGCAGGUCUUUUCACCGUCAUCAGCCCAUUACGAUCACCCCUAUUCACAAAUUUAUCAGAAAGAAGCAAGCAGAGAGCAAAUUGCAUCAUCGACUCCUCUGCACAAGUCAAUGACUGAAAUACCCAGUAGCUCCAAACAGAGUGGUUUAUCCGUCCAAACAGGUAACCCUAUGUGCAGUUCAACUCCAGUUUUGCAUCUUCAAGCAGCGCUGACGAGCAGAGCACAGCGCCUUCUUCUUCCGUCUCCCUGUCUGGCAGACGGAAAUUUGUCGACCACUGAAGCUGAAGAACAACACGUUGGUGGAGAUAAUCUCCGGAGUCACACCGCAGCACCACCUUGCUCGCCCAUGGGUUCGACCGACAAUUUCUGGAAAGGAGAAGCGGACGCAAGACAGUCUUUCUCAACCUCGCUGAAUGAGCUGAUGAACAUGUCUGCCAACUUGUUCCAGGAAAAAUUGGAGGCUCAAGAACUCUCUACAAUGAUAGAGGCUUACCUGCUGAAUACUCCAGCAGGGGGGAAGAAGGAAGAGGUUUCUCUUUCUUCCUCUUCCGUCAAUCGACUUCUCGAGUUAGAUUUGACACAGUCAGCUCCUGACGAAAGAGUGGGUUGUGACGUGUCUGACCAUUGCGUGGGUGAGUCUUUCUCUUCUGAUGCUGAAUCUUUUGCCGUGAUUCCACCGUCACCGAAUAUUCGCUGCGUAAAUGUGGGGAGCACAGCAUUCCAGCAGAUGACGGACAAAACAAAAGACCUGAAUGAGUUUGCAGACAUAAAUAUUGUUAACAGCGACCUCGUAAUGUUUACGCCGAAAAGAAAACACAAUGACUUGUCUUCAUCCUUACAGAAAAACCAUGAAAGCGAGAGCAGAAUCUCAAACUCGUCCCAAAACAGUAGUCUUCCUCCCUCAGUGCUGCCCUUACUAAAUGACUCUGUAAAAAUUCACAACAGCUGUCAACCAUCGGAGGUUCAAGGUGUAUCAGCUGUUCAGAUGGUGGAGCCUUCAGAUUUCACUGAGCAUUGCUCACACCCUGAGGAUGAUGAAGGCACUUCUGACAGAGCUGGCAGUAUUACGGAAGAUAUUGUUUCUCAUGGUCUAAGUGUCCAUAUUGGGAGUGCUAUGGGUUACCACUCAUUGAGCACUCCGACUCCCGACACUUUCUCGAACUGUAGCACCGGCUCGUCUUUUCAAACAGAUUCUUUUUACACCUCUGCAAUUACAAAGGAGAAUCAAGAAAUGGAGAAAUCCACGGGGAUUGAAUUUUUUAGCUCUGUCUGUACUCAUCAGGCUAAUCCUACAACACAUGAAUGUACAGAUAACCUUGUGUUGACGGAUCCAGCGAUCUGGGAAAUGGUGAACAGGUCAAUGGUGACUGAUCGUGCUCUACGGGAAAUGGUAAAUAGAUCGAUGGAGACAGAUCCAACAGUUCAAGAAAUGGUGAACAGAUCAAUGGUGACGGAUCCGACACUUCAAGAAAUGGUGAACAGAUCAAUGGUGACAGAUCAUGCUGUACAGGAAAUGGUGAACAGAUCAAUGGUGACAGAUCAUACUGAACAGGAAAUGGUGAACAAAUCACUAAUGACAGAUCCGACAUUACAAGAAAUGAUGAACAGGUCCAUGAUGACAGAAGAAGACUUCUCUGCUAGGACGACAGACACCAGGGACCUCAGCGUUCUGGCUAUGGUGGAAGCCCUGAACAAACAGACUAUGACGGAGAGACACGAGAUGGUGGACACUGGUUCGGGAAUGACACCUGUCAAGCUGAACAAACCCGGCCGCCGUUUGCCUGUUCUUUCCUCUAGGAUGACAGCGGAGGACGUGCGGAGACAACACCCUCGGGCCGUGGCCAACCAGCUGGAGACAACUAUGGCUGCCAACCAGAGGCUAGAGAAGGAGGUCAAGGCCACUUCUCACGAGCGCAACCGGCUGCAGGCGUCUCUGAAAGAGUGCAGGGGAAAACUGACGUCUAGUGAGAAACAGCUGGUGGAGCUGAGGGAUAACCACACCCAGGACAUUGCUUUACUUGAGCAACUCCACGAGGAAGCCUUGUCGGGCCUGCAGAAAUGUGUGGAGGAGAAGCAGAACAGAAUCUACCAGCUGGAGCAGGAGCUGAGCCAGUCGAGCGAGAUGCUGAGAACGGCGGAGACCAGCUUGUCUGCCAGCGUGGCCGACCUAGAGCAGGCGUGCGAGUCUCUGGAGCUGUCUAGACAGGAGGCGGAGAAACGACAUGCUGAGGAAAUUGAGAGAAUGCAAGCGGAGUUUGCGAAGAACAGCUACAAGGAUCAGUUUGAGACGUCCAUGAAGGUGAUCAGGGAGCUGCAGACGGAGAGGGAGGAAUUCCUGGGACUCAUGGAUGACAUUGAAGGGGCUUCAGCCAUGCAGUUCCGUUUGAGAGAUUCCCUUCAUCAUUUGGCAAGAAAAACCAAAAAGACAGUUGAGGACCAUGCCAUGUUGCAUAGACAGUUGCUUUCUGAGAAUGAGAGCAUGCGUCAGAGCAUGGCGUCAGUUCAGGUAGACCGUGAUGUAGCCCAGGCCGAGAACAGAGACCUACAAGAGGAUUUGCAACACUUGAAUGACAUCAUACAAAGAAGCAAUAACAGUCUGAUUGAGUUGGAGAAACUGUAUGCAGCAACAUCUCAGGAUCUGAUGGACUCUCAAACUCAUGCGGAUCGACUCAAUGAAGAACUAGUCGAGGCAUCUGAAGCUUUGGACGGGCUUCUGACUACAAAAGAAGUGCUGACACAGCAGCUGUCAGAACAGCAGGACAGCGAGACAUUGGCUUGCCAGGCUCUGCAGGAGUCCCAGGAGCAGCUGGCAGAGAUGGAGCAACUCCUGGACGAGAAGGCAGCUCUAUUGUCUGCCAGUCAGUCUGAAAAGGAGAAACUGAAAGCAGACCACCUGAGUAUGAUUUCAAAGUUGGAGCUAUACAUUCAGAAUCUGCAGCACACACUGGACAGUUGGGAGAUCGACCGCGAGGUACAUGAGGAGGAGAUGACUGAGGUGAGAGAACACUUGUUUGAGAGCGAGAAACGUGAGAAGGUGAUGAAGAAAGAGCUGGUCGCCCUCAGGACUGUCAAGGCUACCACACAGGAGGAGAAGAGCCUGCUGGAGGAGCUACAAAACACAAACCAGUUCCUGGAAGCAGAGAAACAGCUGUACCUGGACUCCAUCACAGACUUCCGGACCAAGCUGGAGGCAGAGACAGAGCUUGCGGCCAGCAGCAGAAAGCUCAUAGAAGCCUUGGAGUCCAACAACACCGAGCUUCAGAACUCGAACAAACAGCUGCAGUCUGAUCUGACACUGGCAGAGGAAGAGUUGACAUCGAGGAGCUCAGAUGCUGAAGCGAGUCUUUCCUUGAUUGACAACUUGGAGCAGAAGAUGGACUCCGUCCUGUCUGCUGUGCAGAAAAAGUUUGGCAUUGAUGUGAAAGUGGAGUUGGCAAAGGACCGAGUGUUUGCGAACAGACGCAGUGGCAGUGCCAAUGGGGACAGACGUUCUCUUGUCUCUGCUGUGUUGUCUCGAGCGGCAUCAUCUGCACCAUCGCCCUCAGCAUAUAAGGCCACGCCCUCUCCUCGUCUCAAACAAAGCAACGUUGAGUUUGGUGCAUCGCUGGGCAGGAGAAAUGGGAAAGAGGCUGCGGCAAUGAUUUCCUCUUCGCAUAGUCAGAGUUUCUGCGGUGCUGCUGAGAAUUCUAGAUUGGAUAUCAGCACACAGAAGUCUCAAAGCUUCAGUGAGCCAUUUGAUUCAGUAAUGAAUAGGCUGUUUUCAAACAGAUCAAACAAUGACAGUCUACAGCUCCCGGGCAGUGCGAAAAAGGAAAGCUCAUUGUCGCCCGAUGAAAUCGAUAAGUCUGUAGCUGGCUUUGCCAGGAUCCGCAGCAUUCCGUCCACGUUAGAUCGCAGUCUGGAAACUUCCAGAAGAAUCAACACCACAGCAGGUUCUUCUAGCAGUUUCCUGGGCCUCUCAGACAGCGCAGACUCGCAGCCAGUGUUGGAGAAAGUAAAGUCCAUAGACAGAAUCUUCACUAUGAUCUUGAAGGCCAUGAACAUGGCAGAGAGGGCAUCCGAGCUGACGAUUCGGGACUUGAGAGAAGACUUAGAAGUUUUGCGAAACAAACUGAGGUUCACAGAGUCUGAGGAGCAGAAAAAGUCAGAACAGCUGACGGAGGUGAACGCACAAGUCAAAGAACUGAACGCUCGGGUUGUGGGCAUGACAAACUCCAUGAUGAAUUUCCAAGACCAAAGUUAUAAAAUAAACGAACUUGAAGAAGAGAAGGAGGACUUGACGCUGAAACUCCGCCACCUGGAAGGGGAGAAAACUCUGCUGUCUAAUCAGCUGGAAGAGGUCAUUGCUAAGAUGGACUCAGGUACAGCAGGCAAGCGGCCGGACGGCACACACAUGCGGGAAAUAGUCGCUUUGAAAAAGAAGAUCUAUGAGCUGCAAGUGUCGUCGGCUGAUGAGCUGAUACGCAACAGAGAACUUGGGGAAAAGGCAAUGAAAAGGAUGAAGAUCUUGGAGAAUAAUUGGCAGAAGGCAGAGACGGAUGUAGCUCGUUUUGAUGAGCUUGUAGAGAAUAUUCGAAAGGUGUGUAUCAAACACCAGUCCAGGAACACACACCCGGCCCUACUGGACAUUGUCCGGUGGAUAGAUGGACGCCAGGGCCAGGACACACCCAGUCAGGCAAGAUCCUACGGCCCCAUGGAGACCAGUGCUGUUCGCAGAAAGCUCUAGAUUGUUAGGUUGUGUCAUCAUUUCUUUAUUUAAUUCUCAACUGUUUCUGAAGGUGGGAUUGACUGGAAGAGGAUGUAAUUUUUACCCUGCAUUUAUUUAUCUUCUUUACUGGAUGAAGGAGUGGACUAAGCGUAACUCAUUUAAAGACCUCGAACCGAAAGGUGACGGGGUAAAGACCAGGAUUAUACAGAUUUUUUAGGGCAUCGAAUGGGGCAAUUUAGUGGCGAAGAAGAAACAUUAUCCGUAUCACAAUGCAGAAGGGCUAAAUCAAUUUGAUCUUUUAUAAAGACGCUGUUAUGAUGCCAUAAGUUGCCAAAAUAUUAAAUGAAGGAUAUACUAUAACGAAUA